CGUCUGUCGCUGUCAUUGACGAAAUUUCCUGGUGUGAAGUGAGCCUCGCUGGAUAUCAACAAUAGAUUGAAACGAACCCCCAAAUGAUGGUUUGCUGUUUCCAUGCGAUUCUAAUCCGCAGUAACGCUGGAAAUAACAUCUGACAGCUCGGGGAACCGCAUUGGGUUGCCACUCGCCAUGUUAAGAUAAAGACACAGAUCUCUGUGUUGAACAUGCUAAAGCGAUUGGAUAAGAUCAGGUUCAGAGGACCGAAGCGAGAUGAGUUCCUGGACCUUGCCGAGUCCCCCACUGCAUCUGACAGCGAGUGUAAUGAUGACAUCCCAGUAAAACACCGGAGCUCCAUCAAAGAAACGGAAGAGCAGCGAGACCCUGCAGGUUCAGGGACGCUCACCAUGUCUGCUGCUCCCAUCCAGGACUACAAGAUAAGCGAUACCGACCGACUCAAUGAGGUUAAAGGUCACCUGGAGGUAGCCUUACUGGAAAAGCACUUUCUUCAGGAGGAGUUAAAGAAGCUCAGAGAGGAGACAAAUGUUGAGAGCCUAAAGCAGGAACUUGAGAAAGAGAAAUCCAAACGAGUCGAUCUCGAACAGAAAAUGAAUGAAAUUCUCCGAUCCAGACUAGAAGAUUCACCACCUCCACCUCCAAAACCACAAGUCCCUUCUGUCAAUGGAACGGGGGACAAACAAAAGGAGACCUUUAGCUCUCAGCUGUGGAAAUGGCUCUAUGAGCGCUUUGGUGUUUAUAUCGAAGAUUUCCGCUUUCAGCCCGAGGAGAAUACAGUCGAGACUGAGGAACCACUAAGUGCUAAAAGAUUAACUGAAAAUAUGAGACGACUCAAACGGGGUGCUAAGCCUGUUACUAACUUCAUGAGGAACCUUUCUGCCUUAUCCAGCUGGCACUCUGUCUACACGUCAGCCAUCGCCUUUAUUAUCUAUAUGAAUGCUGCCUGGCAUGGCUGGGUUAUCCCCAUGUUUCUAUUUUUAGCCAUUCUACGGUUGUCCUUGAAUUACUUCAUUGCAAAAGGUUGGAGGAUACAGUGGAGCAUUGUGCCUGAAGUCUCCGAACCAGUGGAACCUCCAAAGGAAGAUCUUACGGUUUCAGAGAAGUUUCAGUUAGUGUUGGAUGUUGCACAGAAAGCUCAGAAUCUAUUUGGAAAGAUGGCAGACGUAUUGGAAAAGAUUAAAAACCUGUUCAUGUGGGUGCAGCCUGAAAUCACCCAGAAGCUGUACCUUGGUUUGUGGAUGGCCUUCAUCACCUCUUGUUUGCUGCCAUAUAAACUCUUGGGCUUCAUGAUUGGUAUCUAUGCUGGCAUCAAAUUUUUCAUCAUUGACUUCAUCUUCAAAAGCUGCCCUAAACUGAGGGAAAAAUACGACACACCCUACAUUGUGUGGACCAAUUUACCCACAGACCCACAACUCAAAGAGCGUAACAAUGCCACUUUGAAUAGACGGCUGUCUGGGUUUGAAAAGCAGAUCCAGCCGGUGGUGGCGCGGGGGAAUCAGUCGGCAGGGAUGUCGUGUGGGAUUGGCCGAGAGGAGGAAAGCGGUCGGGCCUACAAUACCAAAAGAGGUCCUUUUCAUGAAGUCUUCAACUUGUCAGAGAAUGAGCGCCCCCUGCCAGUGUGUGAGAAUGGAUGGCGAUGUUGCUUGAUCAACAGGGACCGAAAAAUGCCCACCGACUACAUCCGCAAUGGUGUCCUCUACGUCACAGAAAGUUACCUGUGUUUCGAGAGCUCCAGCUCCCGGGCGACAUCCUCAAAGAAAAAUAAAGUCAUCAAGCUCCAAGACAUCAUUGAUAUUCAGAAGUAUAAAGUGUUGUCAGUAUUGCCUGGAUCUGGCAUGGGGAUCUCAAUUACAACACCAUCCACUUUAAAGCCUCUAGUGUUUGGUGCCAUGAUUCACAGGGACGAGGCCUUUGAUGCCAUUCACACUCAGUACAUGAAGACUGUGAAUUCCACAGCAGCUACCACAGUCACAAACCCAGAGACAUAGUCUCAUCCGGAUCAACAUAUGACAUAGGGUAGUCCAUAAGGCAGCCCUAACCUUACUGUACCACUCUCCUAUACCCCUGUAUGGAAACGAUGGCUUCCAGAAGUUGUCCGCCCCAUCUCCAACCCAAAACGAUGGAGAAACUGCAAAGAAACUGUUUUUCAUAUUCUCUUUUAGAUUCUACGUGAGUUAUUAGGAGGAGUAUUUUAUAUAAUGUUCUCUCAAACAGCAUACCAUAAUCUUACACAAGUGCUUGUCUGGAUAGGUCUUGUUUUAUAAGGUUAUGGGUUUGUUGUGCUUCUUACUUGUGUGUCAGAACAGGAGCUGGUACUCCUUUGUGUGAUCCGUGUGUAGUCAGACCAUAUAACCGUCUCUGAACUUACCACCAUUUUCACUUAAUUGCAUCACCGCUGGCCUUGCACAAAGAAACACUGCACUUAGUGUUGCUGAGAGCUUUUAGAUGUGAUUUAAGAGGGAAAGAAAACAGAAAUCCACAUGUGCAAAGCAGCUCGUAACUGCCGGCCACAUUGUUCCAUUGGGGCGCGCCAACUUUCUCUUCAGUAUUUGUGAUACUUAUGUUAACUUAUCACAUAGGUACAACCUCAUAUUUUAAAGGUGCACAUAAAAACUUAACAUUUUGCGGUUUAUUUUCCCUUAUGUUGUUUUAAACUUGUAAAACACAAAAGGAGAUAUUAAGGCAGAAUGUCCAAGCUGAUCUUUUCCUUACAAUGAAAGUCAGUUGUUUAAAGGGGAUAGUUUACCCCCCCCCCCCCCCCCCCCCAAAAAACAAAAAUUCUGUUAUCAUUAACUCACACUCAUGUUGUUCCAAACCGGGGUGACUUUCUUCCUUAAGCGAGAUGCAAAAGAGAUAUUCUUGAAGAGAUUUUAACUCUCUUUGGCCAUUCAAUGUAAGUCAGUGGGGUUCAAAUCAACAGUGGACCCCACUGGCUUUUACUGUAAUUCAUACAAUAUGUAAAUGACAGAAUAUUAUUUUAAGAAACUCAUACUAGUUUGGAACAAUGUCAGGAUGGAUAAAUAAUAAUAAAAUUGUCAUUUAAUAAUAAAAGCACAAAAGAUCACCAGUCUUGCCCAUAAAAUGAAUGUGCACAAAUAAAAAAGACUUUAAACUAAGCAGGGGUACGCUGGUUUUGAUCAUAUAUUCUCAUUCCUUGUCACUGAGUCCUGAGGUUAUUGAAGUAUUUAAUGCCUUUUUGAAUGUUGGCACUGGUUAGGUAAAUGUGCGGUACAGUACGCUCACACUAGUCAACAAACGAACAGGUCUUUGGGGGUAAAUCCAUAGAUUACUAAUAUUGUAUUCCAAUGUAAUUACAGUAAAGGAAUUACAGACUAAUUUUCUGUAAUGGGUGUAGUAUGUUGAUUUUUUUUUUUUCAUAAAGUGUGUGUAGGGGAAUUCUAAAAUUAAAAUUCAUAAAGGAUCUACUUCCGAAUAUACUUGUACUCAUUCAUGCAUGCGUUUUGUUUUUGUUUUUACUUUUGACUAUGCAGAGUUUAGUAGCUCCUUUCGGAUUAAAGGAGGUCUUUUCUCUCUUAAGAGAGAAGAUUCAUACGGUACAUCGUGAUUGUUUUGGGCUUAUUUGUCCCCAUCACUUUUCUUGGUUUUCUCAUUUUUAUGCAUUUCAAAGUGUGCUAUGCUAAAUUGCACUUAGUUGCUUUUUUUAUUUGUUCUCUCCAUUUUAAGCCUUUUUUCUCACCUGCCUUAUUCUGCCUUAUUUUAUUUUGUUCUUUAGAGCCAUUUGACACUUUAAAUUUUCUUCCUUCAAAUCAUUUUGAGUCAGUAUAUGUCUGUUGGGGUUAGACUCUGAACUCCUUGGAUGCGGUUUACCAAGUUUACGAAAUAGCACUUUUUGGCUUUCUAAAUACCACUUAUAUAGUGGAAGACCAUUUAGUUAGAAUAAACAUUAUGCUAAUAUUGUCUCUGCAGAAGUAUAUAUUUAUGAAAAACGUGAAUGUGCACCUUGGUUUUGUUCAUUUCAUCUUUUAACAUUUAUUUCUAAAAACAAAUUCCAUUAAUUAUUGACUCUUAAAGUGGAAAAAUUGUCAUUUGCCAAAUAAAUGUGUAUUGUUGUUUGCGCUCUGUUUCUGCCCCAAAACAGUUCUGUUUACAGACAUUUGUGUUCCACAAAAGGCUAUUUUGAUCCCUGGACAAAUGGGGGCAUGAAAAUUAGCCUGUUUUGCCUGUGGUGAAUGUUGAAAAAUCAUGGAUUUUAAAUGCCUUGUUAAAACAUUUUAUUGUUCUUUGAAUUGUAACACAUUCUUCAUCCAGAAUAAGAUUAUUGUUCCCUGGAAGUUGUUGGUUAUAGCAUGGAGGGGUGGUGUUGUAGUAUUUCUCUCAGUGCAUUUCCCUAUUCAAGUUGUUUUUUGUUUCAGUCAAAUAUCUGUUUAGUUGGUUGUAACACAAUCACAUUUGGUCCAGUCACCCAACAACUGUGUUUAGACUUUGCAGAGUAACAACCACUGGGGUCCACUGGAGUCCUGCUACUCUGAGACUUAAGUGAAUCUCGUGCUGAAUGUGACUGGAAGUUUGUAUUUACACUGGAUGUACAUGUCUGGUAAACUCUUUCCUGCUGUCCUCUGAAUAGUCUUCAUUGGAGAAGAAAUAAACUCUUUGAGAUCUUUGUAA